GAAAAAAAACCAGGCACACCAAAAAUAGGGCUUUUCAAAUUUUCAAACAUCAACUCUUGACUCCCUCCCUCUCUCCAAAAAACGAAAAUGGAGAGAAUCCACGUCGCCGUCAGAGCAAGACCAUUAUCAGCAGAAGACGCAAAAUCUACUCCAUGGAGAAUCUCCGGAAGCUCCAUCUUCAUCCCUAAUUACUCCAAUAAAUUCGAAUUCGAUCGUGUUUUUGGUGAAGCGUGUAAGACUGAAGAGGUUUAUAGAUCCAAAACUAAAGAAAUCGUUACUGCUGCCGUUCGUGGAUUCAACGGGACUGUAUUUGCUUAUGGACAAACUAACAGUGGAAAGACGCAUACAAUGAGAGGGACAUCUAAUGAGCCUGGCGUGAUUCCUCUUGCUGUGCAUGAUUUGUUUCAUAUAAUACAACGGGAUGUGGACCGGGAGUUUCUGUUGAGAAUGUCUUACAUGGAGAUAUAUAAUGAAGAUAUUAAUGACUUAUUGGCUCCCGAACAUCGAAAGUUGCAAAUUCAUGAAAGUACAGAGAGAGGAAUAUAUGUAGCUGGAUUGCGUGAAGAAAUAGUUGCCUCUCCCCAACAAGUUCUCGAACUGAUGCAGUUUGGAGAAUCUCACAGGCACAUUGGAGAGACAAACAUGAACCUGUAUAGUAGCAGGUCCCACACUAUUUUCCGUAUGAUUAUUGAGAGUAGAGAUAGGACUGGGGAUGAGGAUAGUAGCAACUCAUGUGAUGCUGUACGUGUAUCGGUUUUGAAUUUGGUGGACCUUGCUGGUUCUGAACGGGCGGCAAAAACUGGAGCAGAAGGUGUUCGGCUCAAAGAGGGUUCACACAUAAAUAAAAGCUUAAUGACACUUGGCACUGUCAUUAAGAAAUUGAGUGAGGGUGCAGAAAGCCAAGGGGGUCAUGUUCCAUAUAGAGAUAGCAAACUCACACGCAUUUUGCAGCCCGCUUUGGGUGGAAAUGCAAAUACAGCUAUAAUAUGCAACAUAACUCUUGCACAGAUUCAUGCAGACGAGACAAAGAGUAGUCUACUGUUUGCAAGCAGAGCGUUGCGUGUCACGAAUUGUGCACAUGUGAAUGAGAUUUUGACAGAUGCUGCCUUGUUAAAGCGUCAAAAGAAAGAGAUUGAGGAGCUUCGGGAAAAAUUACGGGGUUCUCAAUCCGAACACCUAGGAAAGGAGAUUCUCAAUCUUCGAAACACAUUAUUACAGUCUGAACUGGAGAGGGAGCGCAUAGCUUUGGAAUUGGAGGAGGAAAAGAGAGCUCAAGUUGAACGUGAGAAGGUUUUGCAAGAGCAAGCUAAGAGAAUUAAAAACUUGAGUUCAAUGGUGUUGUUCUCUAAUCGGGAUGAGAGUCGUGAUCAACAUAAGAGGGGGAAGAGACGAGACACAUGGUGCCCUGGAAAUCUUGCACGGGAAACUCUUCAAGAGGUGGAUCCCAAUAUCCAGCCAAGGGCUUCUGCUAUAAAACCAAUGAAAGAUAGAAGUGAUAUGGGACCACUUUUACCCUUUCAAGAAUUGGUCAGCGAGAUUGAAGUUGGGGAUGACGUCAAUAUGCAAAGUGAAGAUUGUAAAAAUAAUGCAUCAGAAGACUGCACCCUUCCUGAUCCAUGUUCUUUAUUGCAUGUGACAAAUAGGAGAAAGGCGCCACCUAGGAAGAAAGGCUCAACUGCGGAGGACCAUGAAUGGGCAGAAAUACAAGUGGAAUAUGAGGACUUGCUUCAGAAACUUGAAACUCAGAGAACUACGAGUGAGAUACAGAUUGAUUGUUUAAGAAGACAGCUUGGUGAGACUAAUUUGAUUCAAUGUGUGAAAUGUAGUAAUUGUCUUACUUCUGAUGGCAAUACAAGUACCAAUAAUUUGGACAAAAACGUAAGUCUAAGGGAGUCAGAGGCCAUUAUUGUGAUCAAACAACUUCAAGAUAAGAUUAAAAUGUUAGAAAUGGAGAAGUCCUCUAGUCAGCAAAAUCUAGACAGUGUUGUUGAGCUAGCAACAGAGCAAAGUAUAUGUGCUAGGGAGACGUUUGAAGAGCUCCAUGAAGAGCUCCAAAAUGCACGAGAGGAGACGAGGAUUGCUCAUGAACAACUUAACAUUAUUGAUGUUUCAUUGGAGAUUGAAGAAAUCAUGUCUGAAGUUAAGAACUCCAAAGAAGUUGUUGAAAGCUGUUCCUCUCUUUUGGAUGACGUUUUCCAGAGUUUUUCUUCUAUAUCUAAUGCAAUAAGUGAUUUCAAGGCUUUGAUCUGCCAGAGCUCUCAUGAACAAGGAUUAAUCAUUAGUAGUCAUGAGAAGUUAUACCAUUGCAUGAAGCAAAAAGUUGAUGAAGUGGAGAAUGAAAAGCUCCUUUUACACAAAGAAUCUACGGGUCUUCAGAAACAGAUACAAGAACUGAGACACAAUACUCAAAAUUAUGAAGAGUCUUUGAGAGCACUUACAGAACAUCAGAAUUUUGAAAAGGAGGAAUUUCUUUCUCAAAUUCAAAAUCUUCAAAAGGAAUUAUCAUGUUUAUCUUCUUGUUUCUUGGCAAAAGAAAAGGAUAAUUUGAGAAAAGAUCUUGAGAAAACAAAAGUGAAAUUGAAAGAGACUGAAUCCAAGCUCAAGAAUGCUGUUCAAGAGAAAACCAAACUUGAGGGUCAAAAAACAUUUGCUGAAAGGGAGGUAAAACGAUUGCAUGGUCAGAAGACUCUUCUCGAGCGUGACAUUAGCAAACGUGACUCCCUGGCUGGUAGAAGACGUGAUUCAAUGGUUGACAGGAGUUCAAAGAUGUUUGACCCAAAAAAGUCAAAGGGUCUUGCAGCUUCUUUUGAAGAGACAAUGGAGGAAGAUUACAGAAAGUUGGAAGUUCUUGCAUUUGAAAUGGAAGCAACUAUUGCUUCUUUGGAAGAGGAAGUAACUGCUGCACACAAGGAAAAGGAAGAGGCUAUAUCAAGAAAUGAAAGUUUGGCUUCAGAGUUGGAGGCCCUGACAGAAAAGCUUAACAUAUCAAAUGCUGAAGUGAAUGUGUUGCAGGAAGAUGCUUCACGCCUUAGACUAAGGUUGGAAGAAUCCACUUUGGACCAGCAAAAAUUGGAAAAUUCUAUAAGAUUGUUAGCAGAACAAAAGGAAGAGUUGGCAAUGCAACUUAGUGAUUCCCUUUUGGAAAUGGAGGAGGAAAAGGCAAUAUGGUUUUCCAAGGAGAAAGCUUCCAUUGAAGUCAUAGAAGAAAAAGGUGCAGAGAUUACAGCAAUGACCAAAGCAAUGUCAGAGGCCAGAAACGAAUUAGAGUCCUGUAGGGAAGAAUGCAAGGUCCUCACAGAAAAACUUGCAUGUUCUGAGGAAAAUGCCGAGCGGGAGAAGAAAUCAAGUGCAGAGAAGUCUCUAGAGAUUGAUCAACUGAAAAAUCAUCUGAUAAGGGAUGAUAUUGAGAGCAAACAAUCUCAAGAGACGUUGAAAUCAAAUCUGGACACUCUCUCCAUGGAACUUGACUGUGCUCGCGGGAAAGUGAAUACACUUGAGAAGGAAAUGAUUAUUCUGAGCAAGGAGCGAGAUGAUCUAUUUACUCAAAUUAGAGGGUUGGAUACAAGAUUAGAACCAGAAAAUGACUUCCAGAAUCUUCAAAACCAACUACUCAGUAUAACAAGUGAAAGGGACAAGUGGAUUAGACAUUGUGAUGACAUGUUACUGGAGUCUAAAGUUCAAGUUGAGGAACUUAAUGGGAGAAUCUCUAGCAUGGAGGCCAAAAUGAAGAAUGAAGAAGCCAUGAACAACAAGGAAAGGGCAAAAUUUAGAAUGAGGCUUCGAGGGACACAAGCAAAGUCAGAUGCCUUCCAUUUUAGAUACAAGGAAGCAGUAAAUGAGUUGGCAUUCAUGAACAGAAACUACGAGGUGGCUUCAAAGAAGCUGAAGAACCAGUUAGCUUCCUAUGGAAUUGAGAUCCUCAACCUCAAGAAGCAAAUCGCUGCCUUAACCGGGCAAAGAACUGAUCAUUAAACAACAGUAGUUGGUUUUUAUUUUUUUUUAUUAUUAUUUUUUAUAAUCAUUUUUCGCAUCUCAACCAUUUUUUACAUGUUAGCUAAUUAUUUAUCCAGGAUACAGCACAGCAGCUUACCAUUGUCAAUAUGUACAUUAACAUGCUAUUUCUCUAAUGAAAAUAGAGUAGAAAAUUCACGAGUAGAUAUUAAA